CAUUCUUGUGUGUGUAUGGAUAUGUAUAAAAUUCGAACCAUUUCGAGUAGGAUAAUUGAUAUACAUUAUACACUAUCCUUCCUCCACUUGAUAUGUUGGCAUUAGGAGUGUGUAGCGGUCCGAUCUGAACCAGACACAUGAGAACUACGAUUCAAUGCUAAAACACAUGAGAACUAAUAAUAACCUACCAAAAUUUAGUGUCAUCCUAACUUUUAGUCUUUUGUUAUAAAAUCAUUAUUAUAUUAAAAAUAUCAUUUGGUUUUAUAAAAUGGAUUUUAGAAUCUAAUAAUUUCAGAAUCCAAAAAUCAUUAAAAAUACUAUUGCCAUACGUAUUCCUAUACGCAUUUAUACGCGACCCCACUGCGUCUACUAUAUAUACACUCGCACUGCAACACUUUUUGUUUCAGCUUCUUCACGCGAAAGCAAAACCAACAAGAUCGCCAUGGAUUCCCGUCUCUCUCUCUUCCUAAUCCUCUCCGCCCUCCUGGCCUCCGCAGUUCUGGCGGACCUCUCCGCCACCGCCGAUCCUCUCAUCCGCCAGGUGGUCGACGACGGCGCCGCCCAGGACGCCGGCGUCGAGCAGCCGUCCUCCUCCCUUCCCGCCGCCGAUCACCUCCUCGGAGCGCCGGAGCACCACUUCUCCCUCUUCAAAACAAAAUUCGGGAAAUCGUACGCCUCCCAGGCGGAACACGACUACCGGUUCAAGGUGUUCAAGUCGAACCUGAAGCGCGCCGCUCGCCACCAGCUGCUCGAUCCCAGCGCUUCUCACGGAGUGACUCGGUUCUCCGAUUUGACCCCACGCGAGUUCCGGAGGCAGUUUUUGGGGCUGAGGAAGCUGAGGUUUCCCAGCGACGCCAACAAGGCGCCGAUCCUUCCGACGAGCAAUCUGCCUGAGGAUUUCGAUUGGAGGGAGAAGGGGGCGGUUACUCCCGUCAACAAUCAGGGUUCAUGUGGCUCUUGCUGGAGUUUCAGCACCACUGGAGCACUGGAAGGUGCUCACUACUUGGCUACAGGGGAGCUCGUGAGUCUCAGCGAGCAGCAGCUUGUGGAUUGUGAUCAUGAGUGUGACCCAGAAGAGAAAGGAGCUUGUGACGCUGGCUGCGGCGGCGGACUAAUGAACAGUGCGUUCGAGUACACGCUCAAAGCCGGCGGCUUGAUGCGCGAGCAGGACUACCCUUACAGUGGCACCGACGGCAGCACCUGCAAGUUCGACAAGAGCAAGAUCGCAGCGAAAGUAGCCAACUUCAGCGUCAUCUCGACCGACGAAGAACAGAUCGCUGCUAACCUCGUCCAGAGCGGCCCUCUUGCUGUGGCGAUCAAUGCUGUGUACAUGCAAACCUACAUCGGCGGGGUGUCGUGCCCUUACAUCUGCUCCAAGAGGCUGGACCAUGGAGUGCUGCUGGUGGGCUAUGGUGCCGCGGGCUAUGCCCCAAUCCGGUUGAAGGAGAAGCCGUACUGGAUCAUCAAGAACUCGUGGGGGGAGAACUGGGGAGAGAACGGGUUCUACAAGAUAUGCAAGGGGAAGAAUGUCUGUGGAGUGGAUUCCAUGGUUUCUUCUGUUGCUGCUGUGCAGACCCCUCCUGGUACCCAGUAGUGAAAAAGGAUCAGGCUGGCUGGCUGGCUGGCUGGCUGGCGUUUACAUUGGAUUCUUCAGUAUACAAAAGAGAAUUGGAUGGAUGAAUGUUUGGCUGUAAAUAUUUAUUUAUCCCUCCUUCUUGCAACACUGAAAGGGAGUGUUUUUUUACAUUGUUGCAAUUUGCAAUUUGUUUUUUUAAAUUACUUUCUGUAACCACUCGCCGGAAAAAUUAAAUGUGCUUUAAUUCGGCUCUCUGUUCCCGACGAGUGGCUCCGGGAACUCCAAACGACUUGUAAAGCUCUCUGCUCUCUUAUCGCACACUAUAUAAGCAAAUACCACCGGAGAGGAAAAUCCCACAAGAGCAACAUCUGCAGUCAGAAAUCCGGCUGGGGUGAAUUUAA